GGGAUGCCGCCCGUCUGCGCGGCCGCCCGCGCGCCGCCCGCCACCCGUGCCCCCGCCUCCUGGGCCAUGUCCCUCUGUUUACAUGCCAGUGCAGCCCCCAGCCGCUCCGAGCCCCUCCGAGCCCCAGCUCCCCGAGGGUGAAGCCAGCGGGCCCGCGAACUGGACUGGUUGCUCAGACCUGGGGUUUCGGACUCAUCCCCGCCUGCUCCGCCGCCUCUGCCACCAUCUGGGCGGGAUCCGGCUCUGGUGUUUUGAGGAGGGGGUGUGUGCAGGGAAAGAAAUCCUGGGGAUUUCUGCCCGUUCUCCCCUUUAUUUUGGCCUUCCGGGCUUCAGACUCAGGGAACUCGCUCAUGGCUUUCUUGAUGAAGAAGAAGAAAUUCAAAUUCCAAACCACUUUCACCCUGGAGGAGCUGACUGCGGUCCCCUUCGUGAACGGGGUCCUCUUCUGCAAGGUCCGGCUGCUGGAUGGCGGGGAUUUUGUCAGCUUGUCGUCCAGGGAGGAGGUGCAGGAGAACUGUGUGCGAUGGCAGAAGAAGUUCACCUUCGUGUGUAAGAUGAGCGCCAACCCGGCCACGGGCCUGCUGGACCCCUGUAUCUUCCGCGUGUCUGUGCGUAAGGAGCUGAAAGGUGGGAAGGCUUAUUCCAAGCUGGGCUUUGCUGACCUGAACCUGGCUGAGUUCGCUGGCUCAGGCUCCACGGUACGCUGCUGCCUGCUGGAGGGAUAUGACACGAAGAACACCCGCCAGGACAACUCCAUCCUCAAGGUAACCAUUGGUAUGUUUCUGCUCUCUGGAGACCCCUGCUUCAAGACGCCACCGUCCACUGCCAAGUCCAUCUCCAUCCCGGGCCAGGAUUCCUCCCUGCAGCUGACGUGUAAGGGGGGCGGGACCAGCAGCAGUGGCAGCAGCAGCACCAACUCCCUCACGGGAUCCCGGCCCCACAAGGCCAGGCCUACCAUUCUCAGCUCAGGGCUGCCAGAGGAGCCAGACCAGAACCUGUCUAGCCCCGAGGAGGUGUUCCAUUCCGGCCACUCCCGCAACUCCAGCUAUGCCAGCCAGCAGUCCAGGAUCUCUGGCUACAGCACAGAGCACUCACGCUCCUCCAGCCUGUCGGACUUGACACACCGCCGUAACACAUCCACCAGCAGCAGCGCCUCUGGUGGCCUCAGCAUGACCGUGGAGGGCCCCGAGGGUAGCGAACGGGAGCACCGGCUCACGGAGAAGCCUCCGCGGCCGCCCAGGCCCCUGCACCUGUCAGACCGCUCGUUUCGGCGGAAGAAGGACUCAAUGGAGAGCCACCCGACCUGGGUGGAUGACACACGGAUCGAUGCGGACGACAUUGUGGAGAAGAUUGUGCAGAGCCAGGACUUCACAGACGGCAGCAGCGCUGAGGACAGCAACCUCCGGCUGUUCGUGAGCCGUGAUGGUUCCACCACGCUGAGUGGCAUCCAGCUGGCCAACAGGGUCUCCUCUGGGGUCUACGAGCCAGUCGUGAUUGAAAGCCAUUGAGGAGCAGGUGUCCGGGCUGGAGAAGGGCCCUGCCUUCUUGAGCAUCCAUCCAGACCCGCAUCAUUCCACAAGGAACCUUCCCCUUCAGAUUUCCAUCCGUGCCGCAUCUCAUCCAUGCCUCCUCCAUGCACUCCAGGCCACACCUGUCCCCAGAGCAUCAUUCCACUGUCCUUCCAUCUGUGCUGGGACCCUCCUGGCCUGCCAGGCCCAGGCACCACUGUGAAUAUUUUCCUCUGAACCACUAGUGGGCAGGACGGCCGGGCCCAUGUGGUAGGUGGGAAAGACAGAGCCGGCCAGAACUGCACCUGCUGGAGACUGACCUGGCCCCCUUGGGCAAGGACAUGCAGCAGCUCCUAGAAAUGUGGGGAUGCUUAUAUCCAAGGGGCUUGUCCCCCUGUGUCACCACUCACUCCAGGAGCACAGGCUUUGGUCAUGCCCUGGCAAGGCCUUGCUCCAUUGUCCCUUUGCCCUCGGGGGGCCAGACCACCCCCAGAAUCCUGCCACCUGUGACACUCUGACUGCUUAGUGCUUCAGUUGUCCUUUGCCUGUGUUCUGGGGGACCUGCUGGCAGCCUCCUCCUGGAGCCAAGACCUCAGACCCCAUCCACAUUCCAGAUCAGACCCCCACCUCCCUCAGCGAAUGUUCUCCUGCUGCCCUGGCAGCCUGCAUUUUGCACAUGCUUGUCCCCAGCACAGUCCCUACUGGCCCCUCACCUCCCCCCACCAACCUCUUCCCAAGGACUCCUGGAUGCUGCCUGCUGUGCAGUCAGAGGCCCAGGGUCUAGCAGCCCGGCUGGAACGUGGUGCUGCUUCUCCUCCCUCUGGUUAGCUCCAGCUCAGGCCCAGGCUCUGUGCUGAGAAAGGUCUGAGUGCCAGUAGUGCCCUCUGCCCAGGGCUGGGUCCUGAGCAGCUGGUUUUCCUAUAGGAAGGUUGGGGGCUAGGCUGGGCUAGGCUGGGCAGGGCAAACAAAGCCCCCUUCUCUGCCCUCAGAUCAGCUGGCCCAGGCUGGGGCUGAUACUGGAGAGGUGGGUGGGGUGUGACUUAGCAGCCCGAGCUGGCUUCCUGGCCAGAAAAGCCCAACCCUCUUCUGGAAGCACCCCGCCUUCUGGGCAGGGGAGAGGUGGGGUUCUCUAAGGGGUAUGCUUUCCCAGCGGGGAGCAGUCUGGUCCUGCACCCCACCCCUGUCCCUCACUAAAGCCCCUACUCUGAGCACUUUCCCCCCGGUUCUUGUAACUUGCUUGAAGGUGGGUUCUGGCCACCAGCCAGUCCCUGGACAAACUCCUCUGCUCUUUUAAAUUUUACUCAUUUUGUGUAAACACAGCAGGCUGGCGUUUACUUAGCUAUUCUCUUUUCUUUCUUUCCUCCCUCCCUUCUUGUUUUCUUUCUUUUUUUUUUUUGGAAUUCUAGUUCAAUAUUUCCUCCUCCCCCAGGUGAGGGGAGGUGCUUCUCUGUCUGCCUCCCCCCCCCCACCCGCUGGCUGGGUCCCAGCAGGGCGGGGGACCUAGCUGGGGGCAGAAUGCUGGUUCUCUCUGGGAGUAGGGCAGGUGUCCUCCCCAGGCUGGGAGGGUUCCUUGCCCAGUUCCCUGUCUGCCCCAUCUGGCAAGAGUUGGGGUUCUUGGUCUUAGAACUCCCUAACAUUCGGACCAGAGCAUUUCUAAAGAUUUUUUUUUUUUCUUUUUUGAGCAGCUGGCCGGUAUGGGGAACCAAACUCUUGACCUUGGUGUUACAAGACAGUGCUCUAACUAACUGAGCUAACCGGCCAGCCUGUUGUUGUUUUAAUUACCUAACUCUUAGAAAAUGAAUGUUAGAAGACGCCUGCCAAGGCAGGACAGAGCAUUUGCUCUGGCUGGAGAAGGCUCUGGUGAGCUCUGAGUCCCUUUCUGCCCUGCAGAUACCUGCACUUUAAAAGGGAGUUGGCCGCACUGUCUUCAGAUGAGUGACUCCCCAGAAGAUGGGGGGGGGGUGCUGUCCUUCCCUACUGUGUCUGCGUGACCUCACCCAGACCAGUGGGGAGGUUCAUUCAGGGUGUAUUUUGGGUCCAAUUCAAAGUUCUAGGGCUUCAGGCACAAAACAGAUGGCAUUGGUGCUGUUGGGGACACUCCCCCUAACCAGGAACCCCAGCCCCACCCAAGCCAAGGUCUGAGUUUGACAGUCACCCCAGAAGGAGACAGAGCUUGCCACAUCCUUCCACACCAGGCCCUGGGCCAGGGUAGUAGGAUUGAGAAUUUGGCCACAACCAAAUUAACACUGGCUGGAGCCAGAGGCCUGGAGCCCUGGCCUCAUCCCCAUGUGGGAGCCCUUUCUUCAGCCCUCUGGUCCCUUCAAGCUCAGUGAAUUCCCACCAGGUGUCCACAGCUCCUGGACUUCAAAUUCUAUAUAUAGAUAGAGAGAAUUUAUUAGAGAUAUUUUUGGAAAGGAAUUGGUCUAUGCAAUGCCAGUUUGGAAUCUUCUUGAAAGACAGUUUAACGUUUCUAUUAGGAGAUUUAAAGAAAAUAAAGGUCUACAAUAUUUUUAAAGUUUCCUCCCCUCUCCCCCCCUUCACCCCACAAACUGACCACAUGACAUGAUCUGCCAGGAUGGAGAAUGUCCACGUUUUCCUCUGUUUUUAGGAAGGUGAUUGAGAAGAUGGGGGAGGGGAGGUCUUUGUUUUUCAGUUCCCCUCCUUUCUAACAGUGUUGCCAUCACCACUCCUGGUUCAGUGGGCUGUAUUUGUAUCUGUGUCCCAGCUUCUGUUGUAGAAAAUAACACUGUAAGGGGAAAUCAGCCUAGUGUCAGUGUCUUGGU